AUGCACCAUGGUUGUGGUCAUUGUAAACAAUUAUCAUCAGAAUAUGCGAGUGCAGCCCAGCAUUUAGCUCAAAAUGAAUUAUCAGUUAAAUUGGGCAAAGUAGAUGCUACUAUUGAGAGGGACUUAGCUGAACAGUUUGGUAUCCGAGCAUAUCCAACUUUGAAGUUCUUUAAAAAUGGAAAACCAAUUGACUACACAGGUGGCCAAACCAAGGAUGAAAUUAUUCAAUGGGUAACAAUGAAGUCUGACCCAACUAAAAAAGUUUUGAAAUCAGAAGAAGAAUUGAAAUCAUUCAUUAAAAGCAAAAAUGUUACUAUUGUUGGUUUUUUCGAAAAUUUUGAUUCAGAUACAGAAAAAUUCUUUUUAGAAUUGGCUGACUCUCCUUAUAAUUAUCGAGUUGGUCUUGUGACAGAUUAUUCUAAAUUUUCUGAUUUAGAACACAAGGAUACAUUUGUUGUCGGAGCCACAUGCACUACCUACACUGUUGUUGUUGCAACAAAACCUGUACAGGCAAAAUGCCAUUUAUGCUCCGGUGCCCAUCGUUUGGCCGAUUGUAGUAAAUUUAAAGCGGCGUCCGUUGACGACCGGUACAAUACUGUCUGCACCCAUCGUCUCUGUAUGGUUUGCUUUGGGGAAGGGCAUAUGUCUCACAAGUGUCCUGCCUCGUGCUCGAUUUGUAAGCGGAGACAUCACGCGUUAUUGCAUCGAGAUGCAAUCGUGAAGAAGCCCGCUCCGCCAGCUGCUCUGCUAGGUCGACAUGAAGCGCCCACCGUUUUAUUAGGUACUGCUCUGGUACACGUUCGGGAUACAGUGGGGAGCUUUAGGACAGUGCGUGCUCUGAUUGAUUCCGCAUCACAGAUUAGUGCGAUAACUUCCGAUUGCUGUGACAGACUAGGUCUACGACCUUCACGUUGGACUGUUCCGGUUUCAGGUCUUUCUGGGCAGAAGGUCCCGGAUGUACAGGGCCUUGUUCAAUUGGUGGUUCAACCUCGAAACUCCUCUUCGCCGUCCAUUCAGGUUAAAGCUUGGGUUCUGUCUUCAAUCACGUCUGAUAUGCCAGCUAGGCAACUACCGAGUCAAGUUCGAGCUAAGUGCGGCGACUUGUUCUUAGCCGACCCGAUGUUUGACAAACCAGCUCCGGUAGAAUUGCUCAUUGGAGCGGAUAUUUUUCCUCAAGUUUGGAAUGAUAAAAGUGAUUCGCUUGGUCCAGGUUACCCAUCAGUGUAUAGUUCUAUUUUCGGUUGGGUAUUGAUCGGGCCUGUCCAAACUCAUCCUGAUCUGGGUGCUCAAUCCAUGCUUGUGUCGUUGGUGUCGUCCAUGGAAACCUUGAUGGAGAAGUUUUGGAAUGUCGAGGAACCUGAGGCUGCUCCGCCUCAGUUCACGGAGAAUGGGUUGUGUGAAGAGUUGUUCCGCUCUGAGAUGUGUCGAGAUUCUAGUGGUCGAUUCUCUGUCCCUCUCCCCUUUCGCUCAGGUCGGCCAGUUAAAGCUUUUCCAGGUUCUAGACAAGUGGCUUUAAACCGAUUCCUGAAUUUGGAGCGAAAACUGUCUUCAGAUUACAUCCUGUACAACGCAUAUCGGAAGUUCAUGGCCGAGUAUGAGGAAUUAGGACAUAUGUCCCUUGCUGAAGGUGAUGGCCAAUACUUUAUCCCUCAUCACGCGGUGCAGAAGGCCGAGGCUGGUGAAUUAAAGUUGCGUGUGGUUUUUGAUGCCUCAGCGAAGUGCCAUUCUGGUGUGUCCCUUAAUCAGUGCUUGUCGGUUGGUCCGAAGCUACAACAAGACAUUGUUGAUGUUUUAGUCGGAUUUCGGGUUCAUAAGGUGGCAUUUACGACCGAUAUAUGCAAGAUGUACCGUCAGAUCGAGGUGUUACCACAAUAUCGAGGAUACCAAUAUAUCCUGUGGCGAGACUCGCCUCAAGUAACGGUUAAGGAGUACACGCUCAAUACGGUCAUGUACGGGGUAAAUUGUGCUCCUUAUUUAGCUCUGCGUGUCCUUCAAUAUAUUGCCGACACAGACUGCGAAGAUCUUCCAGACGUGCAACGUGCUCUACGUAAUCAAACGUACAUGGAUGAUAUUUGUGUUGGUGCCGAAUCGCUGGAGGCAGCUCAAGCCCUUCAAAGCAACCUGAUCCGGUUGCUAGGUCGAGCUGGCCUGGAGUUGAAGAAGUGGGCAAGCAAUGCUCCUGAACUUUUAAGUAAGCUGAAACCAGAGGACUGUUCGACAGACCCUCUGACGUUUGAUCAAGACAACUCUGUGCAAGUGUUAGGAAUGCGUUGGAAUCCAAGUGGUGACUUCUUUUCUUUUUACACAAGUAAUUUCAAGUUGAUUCUCACAAAGCGAGGUGUGUUGUCGAUGAUCGCUAGGAUUUUCGACCCGCUAGGUCUGCUCUCACCAACUAUCUUUUAUGCUAAAACGAUUAUGCAACGUCUGUGGCUCGCGCAGGUUGACUGGGACGGUCAGAUCCCCGAGGAUAUUGCAAACGAUUGGUGUGGUUUCUAUCAUUCGUUGAGUUGGUUGCGGGAAAUAAGGAUUCCUCGUUAUCUCGGUAGCUCGACCGGUUGUAGCUACAGUCUUUGCGGAUUUUGCGAUGCAUCUGAGAAGGGUUAUGCGGCAGUGGUGUAUCUCCGUGUGACUGAUCCGUCCGGAGCUACAUCUAUUUACCUGUUAGGUGCUAAGACGAAGUUAGCUCCAAUGAAAGCUAUGACAAUUCCGCGUUUGGAAUUGAGUGGUGCGGUGCUCCUCGCAUUGUGGUUAACUAGACUUAAGCGUAUUCUGGAAACACAGUUGGUGUUGUCGGAUGUGUUCGCAUGGUCUGAUUCGUCUAUUGUGCUGUCAUGGCUUAACAACCCGCACAGUCGUAUAAGACGUUUGUGUCUAACAGAGUCUUCCAAAUCCAGUCCGUGUUACCUGGUUGCAGCUGGCAACAUAUUCGCUCUGACAUGA